AGUCCAAAAGAAAAUGGGGUUUGGUGUAAAUCUGGGGGUGUAAUGUUAUCAUAUAUCACGCUACCUCGUAAAACCGACACUGAAGCCUGCCGGACAACAAAUCACAGGUCAAAAUUAUGAGCUCUUCGUAUUAUGUGAAUGCGCUUUUUAGCAAAUAUACGGCGGGGGCUUCUCUUUUCCAAAAUGCGGAGCCUACUUCUUGCUCCUUUGCAAGCAACUCCCAGAGAAGCGGCUAUGGACCAGGCGCGGGUGCCUUCGCCUCCUCCAUGCCCGGCUUGUACAAUGUGAACAGUACCAUAUAUCAAAGCCCGUUCUCUUCCGGAUACAGCCUGGGCUCUGAUGCCUACAACCUGCAUUGUUCCUCUUUUGAUCAGAACAUUCCCGUCCUCUGCAAUGACCUAACCAAACCCAGCUGUGAGAAAGCGGAGGAAAGCAACCUGCACAACCAGGCUGAGGCUAAUUUCCGGAUAUACCCCUGGAUGAGGUCUUCAGGUAGGGGCGAGCGGGGCUGGAGCUGUGGCAGCCAGGCAAAGCGUGUCGCCAAAAUUACUGUCAGCACAGCCUCGAUGGUUUUAAUUAUAGCCGAGGCGCCAUUGCGUAGAAAGCCCGUGGCAUUCGUCGAGUUUAUUUGCGCUUUUUGCUGCAGAAACGCGGAGAGUUGGCUGCGUGCUCGCAGAGCCCCCUCGGGUCCCGAUAGGAAGCGAGGGCGCCAGACCUACACCCGCUACCAGACCCUGGAGCUGGAGAAGGAAUUCCACUUCAAUCGCUAUCUGACUCGGCGGCGGCGGAUAGAGAUCGCCCAUGCCCUCUGCCUGACGGAGCGGCAGAUCAAGAUCUGGUUCCAGAACCGGCGGAUGAAGUGGAAGAAGGAGCACAAGGAGGAGAGUUCCAGCACUCCGGCUCCCAACGAGCCCACGUCAGCAGCAGCGUCUGUGGAGAAAGUGGAAGAAGAUGAGGAAGAGGAGGACUAGGGAGUCCCAGUCGAGGAAGCAAUCUCUUAGAAUAACGUAUGCACGUGACAGCUGUAAAAGCUCCCUUUAAAGAGAGAAAGAAAGAAAAAAAAAAGAGAGAGAGAGACACUCACUGUUUUUAUUAAAAAAAAAAAAAAUAGUAAUCAGUUCCCUUUAGUUCUGCCUCGCAAGCGGGCGUUUGCAAACAUGAAAACGUCUCUUGGGUUGGACUUCCAGCCCUCUCUCCCCUCUCCCGUCCUCCCCAAACCUGCCCCGUGGUAGCGUAUCCUGAGGGCAUCCUACAAUCAUUUGAGUUUUCGUUCGCCCGCUCUCGGGUGGGUUUCUCCUGGGGACGUUUCGGUGGGAGGACUGCUGCUUGCACAUAAAGUACACCGUGACCUUCCGAAGUAACUACCUGACUCAAUAGUCCCAAUCGCGUUGUAAGGGGAAAAGUGCAUUAGGCUCGCAUUAAGAAAAAAAAAAACUACCUAAUUUUGAAGAAGUAGCUCUGCACUUUUCUUUUUUUCUUUUUCCUUUAUCUUUUAAUUAUUGUUAGCAAAGUACCGUAACUAACAGCUACACUAACAAAAGGUAACACAGCAAGCGAAGGGGGGGGGGGGAAGAUGUGCCACAAACCACUACAAUCCACAGCAAUGAGUCGUACUACCUAUUUUUCAGACUACCUAUAUAUCUUGCUCCGCCUACCUAUCUUCGAAAGUAUGCUGUAUUUUAGUAGUCAGAAGAAGAUAACGUACUAAUGUGAAUUGCAAAAUGCUUUUAGACACGUAAGCGCAGUCGUUCGAAAAGCACGCAUCCGUAGCUUUGGUAUAGAAUUUGGUACCGUAAAGGCUGAAUAUAUUUAAAAUGAAAAUAAUAUAUUUAUUCCAAAGCAAUUAUUAAUGAAAACCAUAUGCUGCAAUAUAUCUCUGUCCGCGAACCUUUACUCUCCGGAGUGAGGGAGCGGACGCACACGCCAAUAUUGUAUAAAGCGGUUUAAUAUCUACCGUGGGCUUCUACCUUAGGCUGCCUCCGCUCAAGGCCGUUUCCUUAUCCUGGGUUGAUCUUACUCAAUAUAGCUGAAAGUGUUCUUGGCAAAGCGAAUUUAAACGACCAUGUAACCGCCUUUCAAAUAUCUGUUCGUCCUGACGAUCCCAACGUGUUAAUACGUAAUACCGUGAAUUUUCCUAAGAUAGCAGAUAUUGUAUAUUUGAACGAUUUUUUUUUUUUCUCUUUGUCAUUUAUAUUUGUCUCGGAGCUCAUUUGUAAGACCACGUCAUAAAUUGGGAAGUAUGUAAUUAAUUGGGAAACUUUGUCGCAUGACGUAUCGUUCAGAUCUCUGUAUAAAUCCGUCUCGAAGGUUUGGCUAAAGUUUAUUCAAACAACUGUAUGUUACGAUGUGUUUCGAUGUGUUCGUUGUGAACAUUUGGAUAUGCCGUGUAAGUAUUGGAAGUGGAGAAAAAAAAGAAAAUGUCUGUGAACUCUCUUUGGAAGUGAUCCCGUGUUCAAGUAUCCCCCACGAUAAAUGUGUUCUAUGUCACACGGAAAAUAAAGAUGCUUGUUGACAAUUAA